AAAAACACGCUUCAAAAAUAACAUAUUUUCGGAGUCGUAGUCUGAGAGUGAAAACAUAAAAAAAUCAAUGUUUUAAAUGAAAUUCAGCUAAAGUACUUCUAAACGUUGGAUUUUUGUAACAUACUAUACACAUAUCAUGUUCUCAGUAAUGCCGCUAAUGACGUGUGCCCAAAGAUAUGUCACUUAUUGAUAAGUUAUGUCAAAACUCAGUUAUUCAUGCUCUUCUAUUUAAUAUCAAUAUUAACUUUUUCUAUAUUGUGCCGAUCUGAUAUAGAAAUAAAGGAUGCAGGAAUUGUUCCGGUUAGUGAAGGUGAUAUUGCCAUGAUUUUUUAUCUUACGAUUGGGAGUAAAUGUGACAAAGAUUUGGAAAUAUCGGUACAUAUGGAGGAAUGUUGCGAACAAUCGAAAGAAAAUCAAAACGAUUGUAAAAUGCUUCUGAUCGGAGGUCACAUGGGAAUAUUAUAUAAGAAAUAUACAAAAAAUGUGACACUUAUAUAUCCCAAUUUGUACCUUCUGUAUCGCCAGGGAACUUGUACUGUUGCCGUAAAAUACAGGAGUGAAAAAUAUGAGAAAGUACUGACUAAAGUCAUAGAAUUUAAAACUAAUGCCACAACUGAAGAUCGAAAUAUUUGUCCAACAGUGGAUACAGAUCCUUUGCAGGAAUGUAGGCCUCAAGAUUGUGUUAUAAAAUACUCAGGAGAAAGAAGCUACUUCAACCCUAGUACUAAAGAAUGCGAAUGUGCUCCUCUCUGUUUGAAUGACCUACAGAUGAAAGUGCCGGAUAUUGCGUACUCUUGCACUAAUAAUGUUUGCAUGAAUCUGAAUACUUCUAUAACGAAGUUUGAUUUGGAGUAUUUGGAAAAUAAUCAGAUUGAUGCUGGCGAUAUUGAUGCUCUAGGAAUGAUAAAUGUUGUUUGUCAUCAUGGAGAUUUAGAUAGUGGUGGUGAAUGUCAAUGUCAAAAUGACUGGAAAACAACUCUUGAUGAUGAUGACAUUUAUGAGCCAUCUUUAAUGCUAUAUCAUAUGUGCAACGUGGAAACUGGUGGAUGGAAUUGUGUCAACAGGAGUAAAAUCAAAACUACUGCUCUUAUUAUAGCGAUUUUUGCAGUUACAAUUGCAUCAAAAAUUCUGAUACUAAUGUGUCUGCUGAACUGGUGUUAUAAACAGUUCAAAGUUCCCAAAGAAAUCAAAGCAUGCAUCGACGGAAUGGAUCCUUCAGAUAAAACUCUGCUAGUCAGCGAAAAUAUUGAUAGUGUUGAAAAAUGCAUAUGCCAAGAAAUGAAAAAGAAUAGGUUCCCCACUCUCUUGAAAGAAACUGUGAAUGUGAGCUUUUAUCCGUGCAACCCAAGCAUCAAAUCAAGCGAUAACAAUUCGGUCACAUCAGAAAAAAGUAAAACAAAAACAUUAACUCCUACAACCACGAGUUCAAUGCCGAUUUCCUUCGAAAGUGGAACCGAAGAUACUACUGCAGAUAGUGACGAAAGUGACGAGGAAGAUUAUGAAAUUGAAUUCAGUGGGGGGGAAGAAUACUACGGAGAGGAAUUUCCGAAAGGAAAAAUAAGUGCAGAGCAGACGGAUUUUACGGAAUCGGUUGAAGAAGAAAGUAAAGGAAGAUUGAACAACUCUAGUGGGAGCAAACCCUCUACAGGAAGAAGCAAGGUUUCGAAUAAAACCGUAGGGUAAUUCAGGGAGAACAUAACAAGAAAUAUAAUUAUUAAAUCGUUCACCUCUUUAUUUUAUGCUAAAUGAACUCGUUCGAAAGGAA